CCGAGGCAAAUGGUGGGCGAACUGCCCCAAGACUCGCCGUACUUGCACUCUCGCAUCCGUCCCGGCCGGCCGAUCCACUCCAUCCCCGGAACCAAACCCUAGGCCCCGCCCCGCCCCGCCCCUUGCUCAUGGAGGAAGACGCGGCGGCUGCCGAAUCCCCCUCGCCGUCGCCAUCCUCCUCUGGCGCUUCCCCCUCCCCCUCCCCCUCCCCGCGCUCCAAGCGCCGCCGCACCGACCGCUACGCGCAAGGCUUCGAGUUCGCCCCGCGCCUAGCGACAGCGCCGGCGCCAACGGAGACGCUGACGCCGACGGCGACUGCGACGGCUGGGCCCGCGCGCGGCUCGCCCGAGUGGUCGGAGGACUCCACCUUCGCGCUCCUCGACGCCUGGGGCGACCGCUUCGUGCGCGCCGGCCGCCGCAGCCUCCGCGGGGACGAGUGGCUCGAGGUCUCCCGCCUCGCCGCCGCCGCGGCCACCCGCCCCCCGGGGUACUACUCCGAGUCGCAGUGUCGCAACCGCAUCGACACCCUCAGGAAGAAGUACAGGAAGGAGAAGGAGAGGUUGCGUCUCGCCGCCCGCCGCUCCCACCACCCCUCGCCUUCCAAAUGGAUCUACUUCGACAAGAUGCAGUCUCUCAUGUCCCCACCGUCGCUCCCGUUGCAGCCUCCCGUUGUGACUCGCCGACGAGACACGCAGCCGGUGCCGCGCCAAUCUUGGGGUUUGGACGCUGCGGGGUAUGUGCUGGGUGGGUGUGACGACGCAGGAACAAGGGAUUCAGGGUCUGAUGCGGAAUUGGGGGAAGGGCAGACAAUUGAGGCUGUUGCAGGGAAGGGGAAUGAGUUUGAAAUGCUUGCGGAGUCAAUUCGGAAGCUUGGGGAUGCGUAUGAGAGGGUGGAGAGUAGCAAGAGGCAGCACAUGGCUGAGGUAGAGCGCAUGCGGAAGGAUCUCCAAAGGGAUCUUGAGGUGAGGAGAAGAGAGAUAUUGGAGAAGGCACAAGCAGAGAUCGCCCGGCUUAGUGAGGAAGAUGGGGAUGAGGGUGAGCUUGAGGAGGGCAAGGGCAAAGGCGAUGAUAACAAAAUGACCGGGGAUGGUGGUGGUGGAAAAGAGUAGAGCAAUGUCGUUGUGAAUGCUUAUUGUUAGCCUAGGGUCUGUAAGUUCAGGAAAUGAGGUUGGUUUACUCAUACAAGAUUAUCACUCAUCUUCAAUGCCCAUCCAAGAUUAUUUGUGGUCUUGAAAUAAGCUAGUGAUGGAACUGUUUCAUUCUAGCAUUUCACUUCUAUUUUGUUGUGUUUGGUAUUUUCGCAUGCCUUGUGCAGUCAUGUUGAACUUGCAUCCAAGCUCUCAUAGUUGUAUAUGUUGUUACUGUUAGAGUAUCAUAUUCAGAGCAGAACUUUUCUGAUAUCUCUUUAAGAAGUGUGUUAACUUGCUCCUAGUCAAUAGUAUAUUGUGCUUCAAAAUUUUCAUGGUAGAAAAAAGGGCAAAUGCCCUUUGCAACAAAAACCAUGAGUUUGUUCUGGUAUUAUUACAAGAAAGGUUAAGUAUAUCUUUUUUAGCGCCUGAAUUUGAUAUGUGGCUGAGGUUGCACGGCAUUUUAGUAGCAGUUUACCCAAUGAUAAAAUAGGAAGAUGCCAGGUACAUAGGAUUUACUAGUAUAUAGUUUCAGCGUUCAUUAUGACAGCUACUUCAGAAAUACAUUUGUUAAAAUACGUUCUAUAGCGUUCCUGAAAUGUACUUUUUGCUCUUUGCUGCCCAUAAAACCAUCUGCUGUGUUGCUUAGUUGGGAACUAUAAUGAAAGAUUCCGGUCUUCCUUGGAGGUUGUUGCUUUGUGAGCUCAUAGUAGGUGCAUAUGCAUGACUGUGUCUUUACCAGCUGCUCUUGACACUGCUUUUGACUAACAUUGUAACGAUGUUCCAUUUUGUUGCUUGUUAAUUGUAUUAUUCUGAAUCUGAUGCAUGUAACAAUGGUAUACAUACUUAUAAAGCCUAUGUUUAAUUCCGUUUGUGAACUGUGGCUUGACAUGGCACUUGUGCCCUUAAGAUUUUAAUCUCUGUUCACAGUUGUUCUGUUGGCACUAUGUUAGGCAAAGCUUCAGUAUUGUGUUAUGUUAAUAUUCUUUUAGCAAGGUCCUUAGGGUGUGUCUGUUGUGUGCCUCAACUCGCCUUGCCAAUUGUUUGAUCCUACAUUAUUACUCAAACUUGGUCGCAUUUGAAUGAGUGCUAAACUUUGUUGCCAAUGUCUAGGUGUUUAGUGGCAUUCCAUGCAUUUAUUGCUACGUUGGAGGUGAUAGAAAGAAAUUUGGGCACAUGAUUUGUUUAUUUGUUUUCUUUGAGUAGUAUCGAAGUUUUUCAUUGGAAUGGAUGUUUGAUGUACGCAAGUCAUGUAAUGUAAGCAGCCCAUAGCUUGAACGUUGAGAUUUGAGAAUAACCUGUUUAAUUUUGGUGUUUCAGGGCUAAAACAUGGAUUUCAUAUCAGUAGUUGGAUCCACAAGGACCGCUCUGGUAGUCGAAAUUACAUUUAUAGCUUAGAUAUCAUAUGAUUUUCAGAUUCCUGGAUUUGAGAUUGGUUCGACCUGCCUACGCGACUACACCCAGUGCAGCUUGCUGUGCAGGAACAGAAUAUUCAGUCCGCGGCUAGACUCUCUCAGGAACAGCGUGCUAAAUAUUUGUUCCAUCAGGAGUCGUCGAGUCGAUGAAGCAUUGAUGCAGGUGAAGGCCAUGACGACGCGGUUGUCGUCGGCGGCUACCAAGACUAUACUAUGGCACCGUUUAUAUUGAAAAAAUUUUUGGAAGAAGCGUCACGCCAGAUAUUUGACCUGAUGCUAAAAAGGGUUUUCGGAUACAAAUGAAAAAACGAAUUUCACGGCUAGCAUAGAAACCGUGAGACGAAUUUUUAAG